AUGACACGAUUUUACUGUCUAAAGUGCAAGAAGGAAACUGAGACUGCUAGUGAAAUACAAGAUAUGACUACAAAUGGGCAUUAUCGGCUGCAUGGUGACUGCACAAUUUGUGGUAUGCAUAAGAAUACUUUUACUGGAAUAGACUGGGUGAUCAAGAAGAAGACUAAGGAGAAAAAGAAAGAAACAGCUGCUAAAAGACAGCAGACAGCUUACAAUCGGCAAUGCAAAAAACUUGGACAGAAAAUCUUAGAUUCUGAUGACGCGUGUAAACAGUGUAUUGAUAAAUGCCUUAAAGAGGCAAAAAAGAGGAAGACGGAUUAUUAUUUGGUAUAUAUAUUUGUUCCAGAUGUUGUCCCAGAUUGUGGCGGAUAUAUGGGGAUUCCUGAGCCCCGUAGGGGCCAGAUAGGUACUGCGACGGGUCGUAGACCCGGAGCUUUACAGAUGCAGGUUGAGGAGUUGACUCGCCUGCUUAAAACUGUUACGAAAGGAAAGCAGAAGGUAACUGAUCCAAAAGAAAUAUUAUUGACUGGUCCAACCGUGCAAAGCAGACUAUCUCCAUUCCCAUCCCCAUCCUCUUCCUCUUCAUCUUCAUCAACUUCAUCCUCACCAUCCUCAAAAUCGGCACCAUCCUCAAAUUCAGCGCCAUCCUCAAAUUCAUCAUCAUUUCUUCAUUACGAAGAAAUGAAUAGGGAUCAGAGGAAUGCUUUAAGACUUAUCGAGAAAUAUAGUGAAAAUAAAUGCUCUCCUCCGGAAGAAACUGAUGAAAACCAGGAUCCACUGGAAGAAGAUAAUCAGGCCGGAGAAGAUGAAAAUCAAGAAGUUGUUGAUGAAAAUCAAGAAGAAGUUGACGAAAAUCAAGAAGAAGUUGAAAAAAAUCAAGAAGACGAAGAAGAAAAUCAGGAAGACGAAGAAGAGGAUCAAAAUAAAAAUAAAAGAGGUGUUAGUAUUGUUUCCUCUGAAUAUGAUAGUAUCAGCAGCGAAUAG